AUGCUCGAAUUUCCUCAGCCCGGCAUCAAGUUUAAUUUCACCAUCCUGCCCCAGUCUGACCACCGCGGUCCCAGCACGCCGUGUGAUGCCCAUUGUCGUGUGGCGUGGCGAGCCGAACACGGCUCAGAAUACGACUUUACGGGCAUAUGCGGCCGCAGUUCUGAGACGGAUUUGGAUACACUAGAGUCAGAGAUCCUGUCAAGGCCUGGCGCUACCAUAUUCAAGCGUUUUGAGCAUCAGUUUUUCAAAGGCCUCAGUGUUGUGUCCCGCGAUGAGAGCAUUGCCUCCCUCCUUGAAAUUGCUGGUGUAGACCAGGCCUGGCAGGCGGGAAAUGUGAUACUCGACAUCCCGGAGGUCAGCACGACCCUCAAGGCCGCGCAGGACCAACCAGAGGGCGAGGAUGUUCCUUCGGCAUCUACUUAUGAUCUCCACCACUUCACUGGCGUCGACAAGGUUCACUCCGGAGGCAUCCUUGGCGAGGGCGUCAAGGUGGCCGUCAUCGACACGGGCAUUUUCUAUAAACACCCCGCCCUUGGUGGUGGCUACGGCCCCGGCUUCAAGGUUGCCGGAGGCUACGAUCUCGUUGGAGGUGGUUAUCCUACGGCGCCGAUUAACCCCGACAACGACCCCUACCCCGAGACGAGAGAUCCCGAGUUGUACCAGAACGACCACGGAACCCAUGUAGCCGGUAUUAUUGCCGGAAAAUCCGAUUGGUUCACCGGCGUUGCUCCCGAAGCUACCUUGCUAUCGUACAAAGUCUUCGGACACACCAACGUCGGCGACGAAGAAGUCUUCAUCGACGCGUUCCUCAAGGCGUACGACGACGGCGCCGACAUCAUUUCCGCCAGCAUCGGCUCGCCCGGCGGAUUCAGCGACAAUGCGUGGGCCACCGUCGCAUCCACGCUCGUAGACCAAGGCAUGGUCGUCAUCGUCGCUGCGGGAAAUAGCGGCCGCAGUGGGCCGUUCCUCACGGAUACCGGCGCGUCCGGCAAAAACGUGAUUGCCGUCGCCGCCAUCGAAGCACCCCACAAGCCCGGCGACUUCCACGUCACCACCAAGUUCCCCAACGGCUCCGGCGGCACCAAGGACGUCAUCAUGCCCAUGAUGACCAACUCCGACCCGGCGGCCUUUGCCCAAGCCAACGGUCUCCCCAUCUGGUCCCUCGGGCGGGGCUUCACCGCCUGCGACGAGCUCCCCUCUGACGUCCCCAACCUCGGGUCCUCCGUCGUUCUUGUGUCUCAGGCGGACUGCCCUUACGGCACCAAGGUCAAGAACCUCGUCGCCAAGAACGCCCAAUACAUCCUCUUCUACAACGACAACAAGAGCGCCGCACCCCUCAACCUCGUGGAUCCCAACGGCGGCAAGCCCACCCACUUCACCAACUGGGGCACCCUGUACGACCUCGACGUGAAGCCUUCCGUCGCCGCCUACGGCGGUCACAUCUGGAGCACCGCGUUUGACUGGCCGGGACAGGGCGACUUCGUCCCCAACUGGAAGUGUUUCGGCGGCACCUCGUUCGCCACCCCUUAUGUUGCUGGUAUCGCUGCUCUCUGGAUCAGCCGCUACGGCGGCCGCAGCGUCCACGGUCCCGGUUUCGCCAAGGAGCUCGCCAACCGCAUCAUCUCGAGCGGCCGCACCGUCAGCUGGGGUCUCCCCGUCCAGGACGACGACGCGCCGAACCCGCACGUCCCACCCGCUACCGCGCUCGCUCCGGUUUCGCAAAUCGGCUCCGGCUUGAUCGACGCCUGGAAGAUCCUCACCUACACGACCUCUCUCAACUUCGAGGCCUUUGCCCUGAACGAUACGGCCCACUUUAGGCCCAAGCACUCGAUCCAGAUCAAGAACGGCGCCCAGGAGGCGGUCACCUAUUCCUUUGGCCACCAGCCCCUGACCGCCUACGAGGCGAGAGGUCCCCAGGCCCUCUUCAUCGCCGCCUACAACCAGCUCAAGACGAUUGAUCUCGAGGCCGAGGUGGCGCUGCCGGGAGAGAUUACCCUUGGGGCUGGUGAAACCGCUACAGUUGAAUUUACCUUUACUCGACCCGUUUAUGCGGAUGAGUUCAAGAUGCCUUGCUACAGCGGAAAGGUCCUCGUCAAGAGUAGUGUGGAUGAGGAACUCGCGGUGCCAUAUUUCGGUGUCGCAUUCGAUCUCAAGGAACAGUUCCCGCUCAUGCUCGUCCCUGGCACUCCCACCGUAGAGUCGCUAGGUGCAAUCUCCAACUACACGUUUGAAUGGUUCGACAAGACAUACACUACCCCUCAACUCGCCGUUGAGCUGCUCUACGGAACGAGAGAGCUCCGGUUCGACUUCUUCGAAGACGGCUGGACUGAGAGCAAUUGGGUCUACCCGCCCGUGGUCGGCCAAAAUGGUUACAUCGGCUCGGCGCUUGACAACUGGGAGGUUCUCACCCGUCAAACUCCUACCCAUCGCUACAAGUUCCCCAUGACCAACUACGCUCGCUCGCCCACCCGUGCCGUCGAGGACUUUACCUCGCGCUUCUUUUCUUGGCAGGGCGAGUUUACCGACGGCUCCUGGAUCCAGCCUGGAACUUAUAAAAUUCGGGUGGCGGCUCUCCGACCCUUUGGUGACCCUUGCCAGACUGAGGACUGGGAUGUUUGGAACGCCCCGCCCAUGGUGGUUAAGUUUGCUGAGCCGAUCGAGGAGGAGGAGCCAUAG